CGUCUGUCGGUAUAUCAACAAUACGACAACACCGGUAGUGCUGUCAUUGUAGCAAUAAUAAUAUUCAUGCGAUAAAUCUGAUAAGAUGCCGAAAACUCUGAGAGCAAAAGUGAUUACCGUAGGAGACUCUGCAGUGGGUAAAAGUGCAAUAACCCAGGUAUUCCACAGUGAUGGAGCUCAUUUCCCAAAAAGUUAUUCUAUGACUGUUGGAGUUGAGCUAUGUGUGAAAUCGGUCAAUAUACCAGAUACUAAUGACUGUGUGGAACUUUACAUCUAUGAUUCUGCCGGGAAAGAACUUUAUUCAGAUUAUGUACAUAAGUUUUGGGAACAUCCAUCAGUUGUCAUGGUAGUUUUUGAUGUCACAAAUGAAACAUCAUUUAAAAGUUGUCAAAAAUGGUUAGAACGAGUAAAAAACAAAACAAACCAGGAGUUACCAGGUGUUCUUGUUGGUAACAAAAUUGACCUUGUAGGCAGGAGAGUCAUUUCUCCCAAAAUAGCCAGAGAGUUUGCAAUGAAGAACAGUCUGGAGUAUUGUGAAUGUUCAGCGAAAGAGAUGGAGAAUGUGGAGGCAGCCUUUUAUUUUGUAGCUAAUGCAUUCUACAGAUUAUAUGAAGAAAAAGUGGAAGUGAUGAACACAUUGGUGUAACUGGGGAUAUUCACUGUGUCAAAUAUUCAUAAUAAUAAGGAAGGGAAUAUUAUAAGUAUUAGUUACAUAGCACAUAUCACAAUCUGUAUGACUUCUCACUUUUUUGCAUUGAUUGUAAGUUUAUUUGAAAACAUCUUCAAAGACUGGUUAUCGCAGUACCGUUUUGUUGUAAACUGAUUCUGAAGAUUUCACGGAUAAUCUUGCAAUUACACAUCCCCUUCAAUUUUUCAUUCACACUUGAAUAUUCUAUCAGUUUUUCACUUCUCAAUUAAGUACAAUGUUAUAGAUAUUUUGAGAUAUUUUGAUGUAAUAUAUGUACCAGUCACAUAAACCCAUGUAGGAGACAGAGUUAAUGUCAGAUUUGCUAGACUCUGAGUAUGCAUCAGUAGCACUACACAUUUCCAUGGUACAGCAACUUGUACAGGAAAUACCAACCUAUAUAUUGUGUAAUCCGUCCACUCUACCUAAUUUAUCUGUCUUUUCACCAAGAUGUGCAUAUUUUAUUUUCACUGUAUUGAUUUCAGCUAUUGUAUAAUAUUGUUUCUACUAGUGAUUGUCGCUUUUUUAUAUUCAUAAUAUUCCAUGUUAUGCGGUGGUACAUUAUAUGAAGAAAGGUAAAAUAAAUCAUUUAUUAGUAAAAUUAAUU